AUGAGUUCAUUGUUCAAUAUAUUGGAUCUGGGCAAGGAAAAGAAAAUAGACAAGAUUUUUUGGCCUUCGAGCAUCGCGGUAUUCGGAUCCAAUACUCCCAAGAACAAUACCCCGCAAAAUACCCUGAUGGAACCUAGUACCGUUUAUGGGAUAAGCAAGCAAUCUGGUGAGCGCUGGUGCGAGUACUAUUUUAAGAAAUAUGGUGUCGAUGUCAGAAGCCUACGCUACCCCGGUUUGAUAAGUUGGAAAACCCUGCCGGGAGGGGGCACGACCGAUUAUGCCGUGGAAAUAUUUCACGGGGCAUUAAAAAAUGGAACGUACACUUCGUUUUUGGGCCAAAAUACGUUUUUGCCCAUGAUGUAUAUGGAUGAUGCCAUUAGGGCUACAAUAGACUUGAUGCAAGCACCAUUCGAGUCUAUUGCCACUAGGUCCUCGUACAACUUGGCAGCCAUGAGUUUUUCACCCAGUGAAAUUGCGGAAAGUAUUAAAAGGCAUAUCCCCGAUUUCCAAAUUGACUACGCUCCUGAUUUUCGUCAACAAAUCGCUGAUUCUUGGCCCUCAAGCAUUGAUGACUCAAAAGCAAGGGAAGAC